GUGAACCCUGCUCGGCAGUCGGCAGUCGGCACUCGUUGCAAUUGAUAUUUGGAAAUAAAAAUUAUUGUAAAAUUAUUCUUAAAAUUUGAAUUUUCAAGUACCUUAUUGUUAUUUAGAUCAACGAGAUCUUUUACACAGAUAUUAUAUAACUCAGUAAUAUGGCAGUAGCUUUGUGUCUUUUCCGAAAGGCACUUAUGCAAAAUAAUGUGCUUUGCCGAUCUUUGAGUUGUUCGUCUACACUGCAAUCAAAACAAUGGCGGCUUUCAAAGGGGUUAUCAUCAAAUCGCAAUGCUGAAGGAAUUCUUACGGAUGGCCCUGACUACACAUUUUUAGACGGCAGACCUACACCUUUGCUUCAAAAGCAAAAACUCAGGAUGUUAAGGCAACAAGAGUAUGUUACAAAAAUUGUUGAACUAUCAGCAGAAUUAGAUUUUGCAAAACAAAAGUAUCAGGAUGACAAUAGAAAAGAGGCAGAAGAAAGAGAUGCGAUUAUCAAAGAUAGAUUAAAGAGAAAAGGGAAGCACCUAAAGGGAAAAUAGUUGUAUGCUCAUAGAUGUAUAGUUAAUUAAGUAGAAAAUAAAUUUGUUUAAUUA